GGCUCCCGCCUCUAGGACGCACCUGUAGCCCGAAACUGGCAUCUGAGCCCAGGGUUCUAGACAGGGUUCGGCGCGCACCCGAGCAUCAGAGUCGCUAUCUAGGGAGAGUCCGGGAGUCGUGAAGCCAUCCCACCUGACCUUUCCAGGCCCCGGCCUAGGUCUGAUUUCUCAAGCUCCUCUGCCACUUCACCUCCCACCCUCAGUUAUGGAAGCAGGUAGGGCUUCUGUACCUCCUCGGAGGAGUUUUGGGCUCCGCCCACCCGGAGAUGGGACAGUCACUAAGGCAAAGAAAGCAAAGCCAGUUGCCCGAGAGCCAUCUGCAAUUGAGGGACUUGAGCGAGAGUUUGAAUCUGUGACGUCUCCUUUUGAGAAAAUUGACCCUGAGGUGGCUGCCUUCCUGCAGAAGCUGCGUAGUAGGGUACAGAUCGGUGUGGUGGGCGGGUCCGACUACUCUAAGAUUGCCGAGCAGCUGGGAGAUGGCGACGAAGUCAUUGAGAAGUUUGAUUAUGUGUUUGCCGAGAAUGGGACCGUGCAGUAUAAGCAUGGACGACUGCUCUCCAAGCAGACCAUCCAGAACCAUCUUGGAGAGGAGCUGCUGCAGGACUUGAUCAACUUCUGUCUGCGCUACAUGGCCCUGCUCAGACUGCCCAAGAAGCGCGGAACCUUCAUCGAGUUCCGGAACGGCAUGCUGAACAUCUCGCCCAUCGGCCGGAGCUGCACGCUGGAGGAGAGGAUCGAGUUCUCCAAGCUGGACAAGAAGGAGAAGAUCCGGGAGAAGUUCGUGGAAGCCCUGAAAACAGAGUUUGCUGGCAAAGGGCUGAGGUUCUCUCGAGGCGGCAUGAUCAGCUUUGACGUCUUCCCUGAGGGCUGGGACAAGCGCUACUGUCUGGACAGCCUGGACCAGGACAGCUUCGACACCAUCCACUUCUUUGGGAACGAGACCAGCCCCGGUGGGAAUGACUUCGAGAUCUACACUGAUCCCCGGACCGUCGGCCACAGCGUGGUCUCUCCGCAGGAUACAGUACAGCGAUGCCGUGAGAUCUUUUUCCCAGAGACCGCGCAUGAGGCGUGACCAGGGCCCAUGCCUGCUCGUAGGGACUUCAGAGAGCUCCCCCCAGGCCUAAAGAGAGCCCCUGGCCCUGAUGGUGGGGGUUGGGGGGUGCCAGGCCCCUCCUCCUGUGGCUCAGGAUGCCUGCCUAUGACCUGCUGCAAGGCCUCCCUUGACAGGGCCAGGGUCCGCACAGACAACCGUCCCCAGCUAGUCAGCUCCUGGGGGUACCGGCUCUGUCCUCCACCUUGAUGGCCCUGGCCACAGCUGUUGCUUGUACUUGUGAACAGGACAGAUUUCGGUCUACACCGCAAGUAGGCCUGUGCUAAUGUUGGCAUGAGAUAGAGCCUGCCCAGUUUGCCUGUCCCAGGCAGGAUGCAGAGCACCGGGGAAGGUGCGUAUUUGCCAGAACUUUCUCUCUUAAACAUUAAAGUUCCUGGAACAAGG